AUGCCUCUCACAAAUCGUUCCCUCAUGUCCUCAACGCACCAGGACGAGCUCACCUCGACCGUAUUUGAUGCAAUACACACUUUGCCACCAGCACGCAAAGCCAACUUCCUUCUCGACAUGUCACUGGCCAUGAUAGAGGCCGGCGAGUAUGGCUCCGAGGUCGAGAACUACCUGGAAGUCUAUCUACGGACACCCAACCUACCAAACGAAGAUGUUGCAAAGGCACUGCUCGCACGGGGGAAUGCCAGGAAAGCAACAGGGGAAAAGCUGUUAAUCAAAGCGCAGCAAGACUUCCAAGCCGCGUACAAACUAGACCCCUUAAACCGGGAGAUACAGUCUCAAAUUCGGAGGGACAAGCUGAUACACUUCCAGAGCGAACCGGCUUCGCAACGUGCACCGCCAGAAGUAUGGGAAACGAUCGCGCGACAUAUACCGCGGCACCACCUGCGAACAUGGCUGUUCGUCUCUGCAUUCCACCGCAACAUUGCUGUGCGGAUAAUAUUCCGCACGCUCGACCUCUAUUUUGGCGAAGACCAGGAGAACCUCAAUCGAGGGUUGGACAUCUUCGAUCGCGUGAAGGCCGACCCAGUGUUUGCUAGCAGGGUGAAGUCGCUGAGGCUGCAUUGGGCGUAUGAAGAAGGGGAUAUGUUGGACCUUAUGGCCCGCAUCUUUCGCACUGCGCUUCCCGAGUUCAAAGCACUAGAAGACUUUGAAUGGAUAGGCUAUCCCGAAAUGAGGGCAGACAUGGUGCAGGCCGUUCUGCAAAGCCACUCUCAUCUACAGAGUCUCGGUCUAAUCGGCUGGCACUUCGACGCGGUGGGCGUGUCAGCUUUCCGUAAUCUCCGCAAAUUCACCCUUCGCGCUGAGGAUGACGAUGGGUUUGCCGACAUGGGGGAAGUUCGCACAGUUCUUGACCAGAACGAACGCACACUAAAGCACCUUGUACUCGGUGCGUACCUAGAGCGGCACCACUCCUGGGACAGCGCGUUCCAGUCAGUCACCAUCAAGAACCUCACACAUCUCGACCUCGUCGACACCCGCAUCUCGCACAUUGUUCUCGCACGCAUAGCGCACGCACACAAUCUCCAAAGCCUCACUCUCCACGGUACAUUCGAAGAACCGUCCUCCGCUUCGGUCGUCUUUGGGAGCGACCACAUCAUCGACGGCCAACACACGUUCCUCCCCCACCUAGAAGCCUUCCGAUUCGUCUUAAUUGGCCACGAUGAUAACUUAGGCCUCUUCCAGAGCGUCACGCAGUUUCUGAGGCGAAGGCAGAGGUUGAGGAGAUUGGAUCUGGGGAACUGUCCGUGGGAGUUGGUCGCGGGUGUACUGCCCGAUCUGAAGGGGCUGAGGGUGCUAGGUGUCAGGAUCGCAACGCUGAACGCGCAGGUCGUCAAGUUGCUCGCAUCAUCGUUACCGGAGGAGAUGUGUGCUAUCACGCUCUCAACGGCCGUCUCUGAGCAACCAAUGGACGAAUAUGCCUCGAUGUUCAAGUCCUUCCCCAACCUCUCCUUCCUGCACUUCCAGGCAACCUCUAAACGCCGCCCGAAGCCGAACCUCAUGUCUGAGAAGGAAUACCUCAUGCAGACGGAGAUAUGGCAGUCGUCCGUCAGGAGCAUGGCUAUCCAUGUGCAGACCCUGGAUUUCGUGGGGUGGCAUGGGGAGCACUACGCCGUUGUGAGGGGCAGCGGAUGGCCCCAUGCCCCGUCGACGUCUUCUUACCUGCCAGGACCCUGGCGCGAGGGUGGCAUGGUCGAGCUGAAGGAAUUGCCGAGUAGGAGGCGUCUGGAUUGCGGGAAGGGCGUGGAUUUGGGCACGGAGGAUGCGGCGUGGCUGGAGCGGAAGGACGUGCCGAUGGAUUAUGAGAUGCCCGGGCUCGAAUGA